ACACAGCAUAAAGUGAGGUCUCAAAGCGCCAAACUCUUGUAUACAGAAAGCUGCAUUGGAUUUGGGGUUAGGGUUUUCGAUUCGCCAUGGGAAUGUUCACCUUCGUGUUGAGGACCUCCGGGGGAGAGUGGUCCGCCAAACAGCAGAAUGGAGACCUUGAGGCCUCCGCUCCCUCCACAUUCGAGCUCCAGAGGAAGCUCGUCCAGUCCGCUCUCUCUUCCGAGUCCUCCGGCGGUGUCCAGACCUCCUACUCUCCUGUCACUCCCACCUCUGCCGUUUUCCAGGUGAUCUUUGGUGACGGUGGUGGUGGCGGUGGUGCCUUCAUUGGAGGUGGAGCUGCUGCUGCUGCUCCUGGAGUUUGUGCAGCGGCUGCUGCAGAGGCUCCCCCGGCUGAGGAGAAGAAGGAAGAGAAGGAGGAGAGCGACGAUGACAUGGGAUUCUCUCUUUUUGAUUAAUCUAGUUGUAACUCACUUGUUACCGAGUCAUAUAUUAUCUCGUAAUCUUUACCAGUUUCUCUUUUCUUUUCUUUUUUAAGUUGCAUGUAGGGUUGGAUGUUUGUGAAUUGUUUGGAUGAGAAAUUAUGUGAGCUGAAGAAAUUUUUGUUAUGCACUCUUUAAAUGGGUUGUGGUUAUGUUGAAAGUCGUAUCCUCUGUUUGGCUU